AGAAAUAUAUAUUUUAUUAUAUAGAAAGCCUAUUUUGAAGAUGUUUAUGAUGAAUUAAGUAUUUUAGCUAGUUAGCUAGUUAACUAACCUGGCCCGCAGUUAGCCAGAGCACUUUGUAAGGUGUGGUGUGAUUAGUGUCAAAGAAAUAGCAAAUUAAAUGUCUGGACGACAGAAGAGUAUGAAGUCAGUGGAGGACCAGGUGGUGGAAGAUGAGGCAGGGUAUCAGGAUGAUGAGGAAUCUUUCUUCCAAGACAUUGAUCUACUUCAGAAGUAUGGGAUUAACAUGGCUGAUAUCAAGAAGCUAAAGUCUGUGGGAAUAUGUACAGUAAAAGGGAUCCAGAUGACAACACGGCGUGCACUCUGCAAUGUUAAAGGCUUGUCUGAAGCAAAAGUGGACAAGAUAAAGGAAGCUGCUGGGAAGUUGUUGAUCUCUGGAUUUCAGACAGCUUCUGAGUACAGUAUGAAAAGAAGACAGGUGUUCCAUAUCACAACAGGCAGUCAGGAGUUUGAUAAACUUCUUGGAGGGGGAAUAGAGAGCAUGGCAAUUACUGAAGCCUUUGGAGAGUUCAGAACUGGAAAGACACAACUCUCUCACACACUGUGUGUUACCGCUCAGCUUCCCGGUGAGGAUGGGUACACUGGAGGGAAAAUCAUUUUCAUCGACACUGAAAACACUUUUCGCCCAGACAGGCUAAAGGACAUUGCAGACAGAUUCAAUGUGGAUCAUGAAGCUGUGCUUGAUAAUGUGCUGUAUGCCCGAGCCUAUACCAGUGAACAUCAGAUGGAGCUAUUAGACUUUGUUGCUGCUAAAUUUCAUGAAGAAGCAGGGGUCUUUAAACUGUUGAUCAUAGACUCCAUCAUGGCUCUCUUUCGGGUGGACUUCUCUGGAAGAGGUGAGCUGGCAGAGAGACAGCAGAAACUGGCACAGAUGCUCUCAAGGCUUCAAAAAAUCUCUGAAGAGUACAACGUUGCAGUGUUUGUGACCAAUCAGAUGACAGCAGACCCAGGAGCUGGGAUGACAUUUCAGGCAGAUCCCAAAAAGCCCAUAGGAGGACACAUCUUGGCGCAUGCCUCCACUACUCGUCUAAGUUUGAGGAAAGGACGUGGUGAAAUGAGAAUUGCCAAAAUAUUUGAUAGCCCCGACAUGCCAGAAAAUGAAGCCACUUUUGCCAUAACACCUGGAGGAGUAGCAGAUGCCAAGGAGUAAAGGGACCACUCUGUGUCCUACACACAGGGUUAAAUAAGAUUUAAUAAAUUUAGGUUAACACACAUGUAAUCUUAAUAUUUAUUUAUUUAUUUAUUUAUUAAUAGUUUACAGAUAAUCUGGUUCUUUUUAUGCAUUAGGGUAAAGUUUGAUGUCAUUUCAGCAUUGAUUGUGUACUGAGCUAUGCUUGAUGUUUUUCAAUAAACUGUUGGAACUGUUGGUUACUUAGUAGCUGAAAAAUCA